UAUCGAGGGUACCAAUUAUCGGCCUUGUCCAUCUCUAAGGGAAAUGUUUUGGUGACCGGCUGAAGAAAACGCGGAUUAUUUUAGUUCUUUGAUUUGUAUAUUAAAAUUGCGCUAGCCAGUCUAAUUCUAUAGGCAGCUACAAAGACUUGCAGAUUAUAUACAAAAUGCAUUGCAUCCUCUGUUUUACCAUCAUUUAAAAGCCACAGCGGUGGUGGACAUCGUGACCACGUGAAAUCCAGCAACAACAAGUCGCGGCCAUGGAUUUCCCAGAGUUUUCUGAUAUUAAUAUAGAUCAACUUUUGAGCGAACCCGCGCCGCUUGGGAAUGGGGUGAUAUCGUCCUACAAGCAGAUACCCACGCCCAGAAUAAACGGGAAUGCCAAGGGGAAACGAAGCCUUCUGGCGGAGCGGAUUGCGCAAAGCGACGACCUCAUCCGGCAACUGAAGCAGCUGCAGACCAAGAACAAGCAGCUGACGGACCUGCAGAAAACGGCUAAGGAGGUCACCGAGCUCUACCAGAAGGAGAAGCAGUUGCGGCUCGAGCUAGAGGAGAGAUCCAACAAGUUGGCCGCCCAAUGUGGAGAACUGGAGAAGCAACUCGAUGUGCAAGUGGCGACCUGCGAAAACCUGCAAGAUGAGUUGCAGGAAAAGGGACUGCCGGUGGAGGCGAAGGAUGUGCUCGGCAUCCUCAUGCAGUUCUACCAGCGACUGGGCGACGACUGCGGGCUCGGGCGAAGGGAAAACAACAUCAUGAAGAAGCUGAAGGACUACUGCAAGACAGCGGAAAUCCCUGUUCCCCCGCCAAGAAGUCCGACCGCGCGGCAUAAGCGGAAAAGCCCUCAAAAUGGUGUCAACCAGUCCACCCAAACGGACCAGGAGCCCGCUAAGGAGAAGCCUUUGGUUUGCUCGGUGGGCGUGCAGGUGGGGAAGCUGGUGGAGACCAGGAGUCAGGGAUCACAGUACAAGAGAACAACCACUACGAGGGGCACCACCACGGCGUGCUUCAUUGAGAAGCGUGAUGUGGGCACCUGCUUCCCAGAGCCCGUCCUCUCACCCAAGGUGCGCCAGAUAUUGGAUGAAAUGCUAUCCUGGCGGACAGACAAGGUGAUUUCCCCGCUGAGCCCACUUAGUCCCAUCAGCGAAGUGCAGGAGAUUUGCUCCGCAGUCAGCGUGGCCACAUGCACCACUCUGUGCAACAUUCAGCGGGAAAUCGACUACAUGCCGGAGGUGCCAUCGCAAAUCAAGGUCUCCGCCUCUCGACCUCCGUCGCGCGCCAUGAUGGAUGGCAUAAAGGAGGAGGCCCGGUAUUCAUUAGGCAACAAGGAGCUCGCCAAGGAGUUGCUGAACUUUCUACCUCAAAACCAAAGCUGUCUGGCCAAUCUCUCGCCGCAAGCCUUCGAUGAGCUGUGGCAGGUGUUUGGCCAAAUGGUCCUGGGCCUCUUGCAGAGGCGCUCGAUCCAACAGAGCGCCAGCAAUGCGGACUUUGUUAGUUGGCUCCACGAGCUCUACGAGAGCACGGAAAGCUAUCCGGCGGAGGUGUGCACGAAUACCACCAACAAGAAAGAUUUCUCUGCCGGCACAGACUGCGUGGACAUUGGCACGGAUCCCAUCGUUUUGUCGCCGAACAUCAGCUACGGGGGAAAUGUGACACCCAUUCGGAUACCACCGAAGCCGAAAGAACGAAAGUCAAAACAGAAGAAGCGCAAAGCGACUUCGAGCGUAAAGUCCUCUCCGAAACGAAAAUGCCUGGAAGCGGACGUAUUAGAAGACAAAAAUAAUGCAAAUAAUAAACCAGUAGAUAAGGAAGAUCAGAAUGAAAAAGUGCCGGAAACGGCUAUACAGUUUUUAAGCAAUUUGAACACUUUUAACAUGGCCAACUGUGAUAAUCUCAAUAUGGAAUUGGACGAAGAGGAAAUGUAUCUGCUGCAGCUGACAACAAAUUCAAAGAGCCAAGGACCUGAACAAAUCAGUAGGGAUGAGGUGCAGCUGGAAGUAACUACAAGUACUACUAAUUUAUUGCCUGCUGUCCAGAAUGAAAGCAACUCUCUAAGGGAUGAUGAAGGAAUUAGACCAAGCGAAGAAGUACUUCCAAAAAUUAAUGAACCUUUGCCUUUCGAACCUGAACCUGAAAAUGAACCUGAAGAAGCUAAAAAUACGGAAAUCUUUGAGGAGAAGGCAAGUAAGCCUACAACAGAAGGGGAACCUGCUCUAGAAGAACUACUAUCUGUUGGAAGCUCAUUAGAGGAAGAGAAAAGCAGAGUUGCCAAAAAGCUACAAACGCUGAAAAGCUUAUUUGGCAGUGAUUCGGAUUCCGAUGGGUUAAUAAAAUGGAGAGAUGAGCAAUUGUCGCAGCCAGGCUCUAAGCCUUGUGAAGAAUCUAGCACUGAUGCUGAGAUUUUAAGCCUCCUUACCGUGCGGCCGAGCAACGCGCUUAUUGCUGACUUUGAUUCCAUUUCAAGUGAGGAGUUGCCAAAGUCUGAGGAAGCGGGAGAAGACCAAGCCGAUGAUGAUCCUCGAAAGACUCCCCCUGAGCGACUGGAAGAAUCUUUAUGCCUGAGUGAUUUCACUUCCGAUUCGCCCGAGCUUGUGGAUUUAUCUUUAAGCCUUAGUGAUUGUUCCUCUGAUUCUCCUAAGCAUAUGGUUGUGUCUUCGUGUUCUGGUGAUUCCAAAUCAGAUGUCCCGGAGAGUCUGGAUGUGCCAACGUGCCCCGCUGAUUCUAAACUAGAGGCUCAUGAAAGUCUGGAAGAGUCCUUAUUCCUCAGUGAUUCCAGCACUGAUUCGGAAGCCGAGAAUGUUUCGAGCAAUAAUGAUGAGUCGAAGGGGGAAAGAGGUACUAUGGAUAUGGAUGACAUUCAACUGGACAAGUACCUCUCAUCAGAGUUACCAAGCAGCGCUCCAAGAACCACCAGUGUCGAGAAGAACAGUGGGCACAAUGUGAAAGCACCAGAGGUCGAGUCGUCCGCUCUUCCUGUUCUAAGGAGCACGACGAAGAACGUCUAUGGCUCCAGCGAUGAUUCGGAUAAUCCCCGCCUGGUCAUUGACGAAAGCGCCGAAAGUAUGUCCGAUUGGGAGAAGACGCCGUCGCCUUUGUCAGAUUCUCCAAAGCUAAAGAGAAACAUAAAGUCGGUUUCCUCCCUCUUGGAAGUACGGAUGACCCGUUCAAGAGCGAAACAAUUGGAGCAGAAACUAGAUGCGGAUGGAAGGACAUCUCUGGUGGAUCAAAUAAGGAAGCGGCUGAAACACUCUCUGCCCUCUGACUUGGAAGGAAGGCCCCUCGCGUCAGAUGUCCUCCCCAAAGUAGUUGAAGCACAUGUGGCAGAAGGUCAACCCUCAAAUGUAAAUACCACCCCCGAGGAGUUGCCUAGAAAGAAGGAUAAAUCCUGUCCAGAACCCAGUCGUGUGAUUAUCUCGCCUCCCGCUUCUCCCCCACCUGAGCCAAUCGAGGAGCAUGAUGAACCCAUCGAUAUUCCUCUCGAGCAGGACAUGUGCCAACGAAUCAAGGGUCCGCCACUGCUCAUCAGUCAUGUAAUAUAUGUCAGCAAGAAUCAGGAGCAACGUAAAUUGCCGGAGGAGUCGGAGAAACGGAAACUGAAUGAAACGCUAGACAGGUAUCUCAAGGACACCAUGUAUCUGAACUCCACCCUCAGGGAUCUGGAAGACAACAUCAAGAAGGUGACCAACAACGAAGUGGAAAUAGUGGAUGCCAUGAUCACGGUAAUCUGUAAGAUCGGCUUCGAGGCGAAUCCCAUGAUUCGGUUGAUGAACGCCCUCCAAUAUUUCGAUUUCACGGAGAGGUUCAUGCUGAGGGUCGAGCUACGCCUGUUUAGAUUCGUCAAAGACCGUCCCCAGACCGCAAUGGCCAUGACCUAUGUACGGCUAUACCUGAAGAUGGCUUCAAUGAUGGGACAUGUCGAGAAUCCGGCACGGUUACUGCUGGCAAAGAUACUGUAUCACUAUGAUAAGGACAUGCCUGUCCUGGUCUUGGAACUGCUGACCCAAUUCCCCACCGUUAUUCCGCAUCGGGAACAGCGGGAGUACGACCACUCCGAUCCUCUGAUCACCGUCAUAAAGCACCUUUUGAUGAACAAGAAGUAUGACAUGACCGACCCGGAGAGUCCGGAGCGAUUGCUCUUGUCCAAGUUGCGCUUCGAGUUCCACUUUAAGACGUUCGAGCCAACCGCGAAUCAGGUGCUGGAAAACCUGGUCGAGAAGCUGAAAGCGGGCCGGCUGGAGCAGCUGGGCUAUGCCUUCGCGCUGUUCUGUCGCCGCAGUCCGUAUCUGAAGAUAGAGGACACUGUUCUCGGGGAGCAUCUGAUGCCGCUGGCCGCCAGCUACUGUGAUCUCGCCACCCGGAGCGAGGACUACGAUGACCGGCUGCAGUCCCUGGUGCAGUGCAUGUCGAUGGCUUUGAAACCGCUGCCGAUAGAUACCGACAUUGCCGCCUGCGUGGGGCUCUUUAAGCGCCUCCUGGUGGCCGUGCCGCGUCCUGCCGUUCAACAAGCCGUCGUCCAGGCUAUUCUGCGGCUCCAGAGAUUCGGAUUCAUGCAUGUCUCGGACGUCCUGCAGAACUACAGGCCCGAGUACUCUUUGGAGCCGCUGACCCGCGCCAUGCUUCGAAGUUUCGCCGAGCGGAGAAGGAAGUACGUUUAUAGCCAAACCCACAGAAAGUUCCAACGAGAUUAGUCGUUACCUAUCCUUGUAUGAAUUGCAACUAUUUAUUUAUAUAAGUGUGUAAUUUUUAGAUUUUCUGAAUUAAAUUAAAUGCCAAAUGCGAUACGGAUACAAA